AGAAGACAAAGUCGCGUAAGCGACUAACGCUAACUGAUGUAGCUAUUACGCAUUUCCAUAUACGCGCUGUCGCGACGCGGGUAUGGCAAGCGGAACUCCCAACUCUGGCCGCGCGUGCCUACGCGCUCCGUUGAUUGAAUCGGAUAAGGCAUCACGCGACGAUCGGCGCGCGAGUCUGUAUGUUGUCCCUGGCGAAGCCACUUCCUCGUGACGACGCGCGUAAUAGCGGCACAGUGCCGUCGCGCGCGUUGACCACCGUAAACAGCACCCGAGCGAGUCGAAUUUAGUACGCGCUGUCGGCAGUUUCGGGCGAGUUCUCCGGAGCGAAAAACGCGUCGAAGGCGUGCCUCGUUAAUCAUUAAGAAAACAGCGGAGAAUUGAGAGAGAGAGAGAGAGAGAGAGAGAGAGAGGAGAGAGAGAGAGAGGUGCGAGAGCGAGACUUGCGCCAGCGAGCGUGCUCGGGGAAUAAUGCCGCGCCGGCGGAUUGCCAAGUCAUUACUCCAAAAGUGACCGUGGCGACCGGACCCUUUUAAACGCACUCGCUGCGCCAGUUCCGGAUCUCUCCUCUUCUAUUAUUGUUAUUGUAGUUGUCCCUUUCCCUCUCUCCUCUUCUCCCUUUCAUUUAUCGAAACACGCGCGUACGCACAUACUACUGGUGCUACUUGCUGGCGGGCAGGCAGUCGUCACCAGCAGCAGCGCACGCGUCGCUACGUGCCACCAUUCGUGUCGGAGAGACGUACCCCCUCCCUCCCUACGGUCUCACAGACAGCUGUGUGAGAGAAAGAAAGAGAGAGAGGGAGAUCUGUUGCACGAUACGCGGUGACAGGUUUGAACAGGGUGACACGAAGCGACGCGGCGACCCGAGAUGCGCGACAGCCGAUAGGCACCCUUUCCCCGCCGCUCCGAGGGAGACUCCGUCUUCGAGGCCACACGAGCGAUUUUACUCGCCUCGUACGAGCGGAAGGCACUCCGCUCCCGCGCUGUCCUCCUCCCGCUGUCGCUGACACUCCGUGCUCCGUUAUAGAUGUCACACUACGCAGGUAGAAACACCUACGAUCAAAAGACCGCGGUGAUUGACCAUGAAAGGAAAUAUCAGGAGGACUUGGAGCAGGCCAAGGCCCUCAGUCUGGAGAGCCUGGCUCUGGAGAAAUACAGGUUGGAGAAGUUGCGGCUGGAGCUCAGUAACGUGCGGCAACAGACGUGUGUCACGCAAAACAAUGUGUGCAAUACAAACAGCACAUCGGAGACGGAUAGUAAUUCACAAGGAGAAAGGUCUCAAUGCAGAAGUCGACCAAGGCCUUCGAUUAACACUAAUCAAAAGAGUAAUACAGUAAUACUACCACCUCCAAUACCGUUAAGAAGAAACUCGACUACUGUGUCAAGUCAAGAUUCUUCUACUGAUCUAAUAAAUUUCACAAGCCCAGUAAAGCAGGAUAAUCUCGUUGAAUAUUGUACAGCUCCACCUCCGCCACCGCCAAAAACACUGGUAGAACCUAAAUGGGAUAGCCAUCCCUCGUUAUUGAAGAAACAAUCAAGAGUGUCUCGAAGCAAUAGCUCAGUCGGUGCAUACCACUCUAGGGACUUCAGGUAUCAUUCCCUUUCCCCAGGCCCGCGAUCUUCCACAGCACCAUGUACACCGGGAACACCGGGAAUUAGCCCCAUCAUGUCAAGAGCUAGUAGCAUUAGCAAUAAUGUAUCUGACGUUGCACCACAGCCUGCAUGGAACUCUAUCUUUAGCAAUUUUUUCUUCUCGCAGAUUCCUCCAUUGCCUAUGAAUUAUAGACCAACUGUUGCACCUGCCACAAGUGCUUCAUUUUGUAUGGAUGAUGAACAGUUGAAUGUAUUAAAAGUGAUAGAGAAAAAGCCAAAUAGUAAUCUUAUAGAUCUAAAUAGUUUCGAGCAAACCGAGGAUAAAACCAAUGUACGAGUUAGCGUAUUGGAGGCAUUUGAUCCAUUACUUAUUAAAACUGACAAUGGAAAUAAUUCCACGCAGGAACAUCAAGUAAAGGAUUUGCAAUCACAAGUUAGUGGCAGUGUAUACGAUCCAUUCGAUCCGUUUGAUUAUAUGUAUAGCACAAACGAAAGUGUCAAUUCGGAUCCGGUUUAUGCCGCUGUGGAGAAAUCUGCAAAAUCACCAGCUGUAUCGCCGGCUGCGCCACCUCCACUGCCACCUCGAAAUUCAGCUGCAUGGAAUACCAUAGAAAGACGAAGAACUUCUUUAGAUCGCCGACAGAAACGUCAAACACGAUUGUAUGAAAAUGUAACAGUCAUUAAAGCUAGAUCAUCUUUGCAUGAUUGUGAUCUGAAGGCGUUUCACAACAUGAUAAAGUCUAUACGAAGCGAUUUUCCAUUUAAUAAUCCUAGUACAAAUAUUGGAUAUGUUGUUAGCCCGAUAAUGGAGAAUCUAUAUCCAGAUGGUACAAGUAUAAAAUUAGUAGUUCAUCCACAAUUACCUAAUAACGAUAAAGAGACACCAUCUAUCACUUUUACUUGUAAUGUAAAUUGCAGUGUCGAGCAUGUUAUCUUGAACGUCGCCUGCUCCUUGGAGGAUGAGGAUACAGUAAAUGUAGAAAAAUAUUGUUUAAGAGUAUGGGGAUUAGCCGAAUAUCUUGCACCUAAUACAACCUUAGCACAAUACGAAUACAUACAUUUGUGCAUUAAAUUAGAAAAAGAUAUUGAAUUAGCUAUAAUGACCAGAGCACAAAUUAAACAAUCCAUUGCUAGAACGCUGCAUGAUGAUAAUUGUGAUCAGUCUCUAAGAUUAGAAGACAUUUUACCAAAUGAACCAUCGCAGCCUAUUUCAUAUGAUACAUUAAUUAUUUUACUAGAGACAGUAGAAAAAGAAAUGGAACGCGUAGAGACUGCAGCAUUACAGUUGGCAACCACAAAUCAAGGUCCUACUUUAUUACCUCAACUUCAACCGCAUGGCGCAGUGCAGGCAGUGAAAGCAGUGUGUGCCUUGAUGGGAAAUAUUGAGACGUUCGAGAUUACGGAGGCUAUUGAUAAUUUUGUAAAUGCUUGCUGUCAAUUUCUGCCGCAAGUUCACACAGCUAAUAUAGAAUGUAAAAAGCCCGAAAUUAUACACGAAGAUGGCGAUUACGCUGUGGUUACUUUGAGGAAAAAGUUCCCUGACGUGAUUGCCUCUCAUUGUCACAAAAUUCGCGAUGCUAUUCAGGAACUCGUUGAGACGUACUGUCAUGCAUUCAAAGUCGAUUUUCAAUUAAAUAGUAAAGGAGAAUUCCCGACAAAUACACUGAUUGCAACGGAAGUGAUUGAUACUAUUUUGGUACGUGUUGGAGCUCUACACAGGCUACCAACAACAUGGAAACAUGACGAUUAUAUAGUGGCAGCUCAAAUCUUUCAUGGAACUAGACCGGUCGGAAAUCCAGUUUUAUCGGAACCAAUGACGGUUAGCACGAAUUUUCACCCAAGAAUCUUAUUUAACAUAUGGUUGGAAUUUCGCGGAAUAAGUGUGUGUCAAGUACCACGGGAAGCCAGACUUGUAUUAGUUCUUUAUGGACGCACGCUACAACCUGCAGAGCACGAAUCCAAUUCGUCCGCGGAGAAUGCAAUGGAGAAAGAAGAACUCGGAUGGGGUGCAAUACAAUUCUUCGAUUAUGAUGGCGUUAUGAGCCAAGGGAGUUUUUUUCUGUCUCUCUGGCCAGCUAUUGCAGACAAACGAUUAGGUCCGGCGCCGGCGCCUGGAAUUCACCCUGGUGGUGACACUCACCCAAUCAUAGGAGUAGAAUUACCUGAUUAUGGAGGAAAGGUGUUAUUCCCCAAUUCCUCGGAAUUGCGAGAUUAUGACGUAGAUUCGUUAGACUUUAAUUCGUUAGAUCAAAAUACGCAGGAAUUAUUAAUAGGUAUUACACAGCAAGAUACAUUCUCAAGACCACCUAUUGAAGACAGGGAAAUUCUGUGGGAGAAAAGACAUUAUUUGCAUGAUAGACCUGAAGCUUUACCGAAAGUAUUACUAGCUGCACAUAGUUGGGAUUGGGCGUGCUUACCGGAUUUACACGCGUCGCUUAGAAUUUGGAGUCCAUUGCCACCAGUACAAGCGUUACAAUUACUUUUACCGUGCUUCCCAGACAUGAAAGUUAGAGAGAUGGCGGUUGACUGGAUUCGUGAAUUAAGUAAUGACGAACUGGUCGAUUAUUUGCCACAGCUACUUCAAGCGAUGAAACAUGAGACGUACGAAACGUCACCUUUGACUCGAUUCUUAUUAGAACGUGCCUUACUAUCGCCGAGAGUGGCUCAUCAUAUUUACUGGUUGCUAAAUCAAGCGCUGCCGGGACAAAGUCCCCAGGUACAGAAUUCUGCUGAAAUUGCCGCGGAAGAUGACAAAGCUAUUAGUUGUGCUCGUUAUCAACGAAGAUUGCAAUUAAUGUUAAGAGCGCUAUUAGCAGUUAUCGGGGGUGCACUGAGAAAAAGUUUUCUCACUCAACAGCUACUUGUUAAAAACUUGCACGAAGUGGCUGAGAAUAUCAAAGUUACAAAGGAAUCAUUACGAUUGGAUACGCUUAAAACCGGUUUACAAAAUAUACACUGCCAGUUAAUGGAAGAUGAUGGAACAUGUUUACCAUUAUCUCCCAGUAAACUAGUAUUCGGUAUCAAUGUACAGACAUGUGCCUAUUUCCCGUCGUUUACUCUUCCGCUGAAAAUUAAUUUUAUCAGUUGUGACAAUGUUAUAAACCCGGCAAUCUUUAAGGUUGGCGAUGAUUUGCAACAGGAUAUGUUGACCCUCCAGAUGGUACGCAUUAUGGAUAAAUUAUGGUUGAAGGAAGGUCUCGAUCUGAAAAUGGUUACCUUCGCCUGUGUACCUACCGGUCAUAAACGUGGAAUGAUAGAAAUGGUAACAAACGCGGAAACAUUACGGAAGAUCCAAGUCGAGUUCGGACUAACUGGGUCUUUUAAAGACCGACCAAUUGCGGAAUGGUUGGCAAAGCAUAAUCCCUCAGAACUGGAAUAUGAGAGAGCGGUGGAAAAUUUCACCGCUUCUUGCGCCGGCUAUAGUGUUGCCACUUAUAUUUUAGGAAUUUGUGAUAGGCAUAAUGAUAAUAUUAUGCUAAAGACAUCUGGUCACUUGUUUCAUAUUGACUUCGGAAAAUUUCUCGGUGACGCGCAAAUGUUUGGAAACUUUAAGAGGGAUAGGACGCCAUUUGUGUUGACGUCUGAUAUGGCAUACGUUAUAAAUGGUGGUGAUAAGCCUUCAGCGAAAUUUCAUCACUUUGUGGAUUUAUGCUGUCAGGCUUUUAAUAUAGUGCGCAAACAUGGAAAUCUUAUUCUUCACCUUUUUGGAUUGAUGACUUCGUCUGGUAUCCCUGGAGUAACCGUAGACGCAGUCAGUUACGUACAAAAAGCUCUGCUUCCCGGACAAACAAAUCCUGAAGCGGCGGCGACUUUCGCUCGCAUGAUAGAAAGUUCACUGAAAAAUUGGUUUACGCAAUUCAACUUCUUUCUGCAUAAUCUGGCGCAGAUGAGAUUUUCCGGAGACCACAGUGAGGGAGAACUCUUAUCCUUUGUUCCACGCACGUACACAAUGCAGCAAGAAGGUGAAUUAACGAGUGUUCAAGUUUACGGAUAUCAAAAACGCUAUGAUCCAGAGAAAUAUUAUAUGUACAUUUUACGGAUACAACGGAAGGGCCAACCGGAUCCAACAUAUCUAUUCCGAACGUACAAAGAAUUUUGUGAAUUUUAUCAAAAAUUGUGCAUACAUUUUCCACUUGCUAAAGUAACCAGUUUAUCAAGUGGAAUCAGCGUGGGACGAUCUAAUAUUCAGCAAGUAGCCGAUAAACGACGAGCAGAUAUAGAAAAGUUUCUUGUAAGUCUAUUUAAAAUGGCGCCGGAAAUAUCUCAAAGUGAUUUGGUGUACACUUUUUUCCACCCGCUACUACGAGAUCAAAAGAAUGCUGAUAUUCAUUUACGUAAAGUCAAAGUUGGAAAUAAUUGGUGGGCCGAAAAGAGAGUUAGAGACAACGUCCAAAGUGGUCAGAUUAAAUUGGCUUUUCACUACGAUCGUGGCACUUUAUCUGUUAUGGUUUAUCAUGCCCGAGGACUGCCGAAAGUAGCCAAUGCUCAAGAGCCAAAUACAUACGUGAAAGUAUAUCUUAAACCUGAUCCUACAAAAGCGACAAAACGGAAAACAAAAGUAGUAAAGAAAAAUUGUCAUCCGUCAUUUAUGGAGAUGUUGGUGUAUAGAAUGCCUCUAGAAGUGAUUAAAGAGAGAAUACUUGAAGCAACGAUAUGGAAUCACGAUACUCUGCAGGAGAAUGAAUUUCUCGGUGGUAUAAGUUUGCCGCUCGAACGUUUCGACUUGACGAACGAAACUAUUGAAUGGUUCUCAUUAGUUAAUGUACGAUGAAGCAAGUAUAAAGACUGCCCUGGAGUAUACAUAUAGAAGUCCCUUAAUGCUCACAUAGAUAUUCUUUUUAAGAUACAUAUGACAUAAUGUUAGCGCACAAUAUUAAAAGUUCUUUAUUAUGCACAGCCAAGUGCAAUAAUCACCAUGCUUUAUGGUAUAAAAUUAAUUUUUAUUUAUAUAAUUUUGUGCACAUCUAUACAGUUUCGGUUCUUUUUGAUGAAGCAAAGAUCCGAAAUGAUAAAUGUGAAAACUCUCGUGUGAUAUCUGAAAGAAAAUAAUUAUAUGCAGAAGAAGGAACUUCUAUGAAUAAGAAUUGCUAAAAGAGGUAGUACGUCUUUAUCGAGUCUGCAUAAAGGAAUAGUCGAAUGAAAAGAGAGAAAUACUACAAACGUUUAGAAUUAUAUCUCGCACUUGUGCAUAUUUCUUUAACUGUACUUUUGACAUAAAGUAUCUGAAAAUAUGACAAAUUCAGCAUGAAUUUAAUAGAUUUAUAUUGGAGGGGAUUUACUCUUUUAUACAAAAUUUUAUACAUUUUAUUUAUUUAAAUAUAUCACUUUUUACUGAGACUAAUGAUCACUAAUUGUAAAUAGAAUGUAUUUUAUCAUAUUUAUAUCACAUAAAUAUGAUAAUAAAAUUUAUUUGUAUAACGAACUGUCGAAUUAAGCUCUUUUACACCGAAAUAAUCCGAGUGAAAAAGUUUGCAGUUUUCUAUUACAAACAUAAUCUAAUCGUGUGAAAAUAUAUAUAAAAAUAGUAUAUGAAAGUUAAAUUUGAUAUACAGCAUACAGGAUCAUGUUUUAACGGACUUUUACAGUGUUAUUUUAUAUUAUUAGGAGAGAAAUCUAUAUAAUUGCCUGUUUAUGUAAUGGCCUCAUAAAUGAAUGUACUAUUGAUGAAACUAUGUAAAUAUGCUAUUAAAUCUGUGUAAUAAAUUCAUUUUUUAAUUAUCUUA